AUGGCUGCCACCUCUGAACAUUUCACAGGCACCUCCCUGCCCUUCAAACCACAGAUACCCAUAACUCCUCCGCCGGACUGUUUGCAUUUUGGAAUCAUAUCCCCCGAGCUCUCUACGAAGUCGACUCCUCUGAGAAGAGAGGCACCGGCUGCAAUGGACCCAAAGAUGAAAAACGCCGAACCGCAAACCAAAACACUUGCCACAUGUGUCACACCGUCCACCGACUCCACACAACCGUCAUCAGCACCGAGCCUCUGUCCAAACCUCGAAAGCAGCAGUAGUAGCACGCCCACAAACGGAAACACAACCUCACAGAUCCCUAACAUGGACCCACGGCACCUUGCCUUGGUCUCGCGCAUCGCAGCCUAUUACCAGCAGCGCUCACAGGCCAUCGCCAACUACCAGCAUCAAAAGUGUCAGGCCUGGGCCAACUUGCAGCGGGCCAAGUGUCAGGAGAUGACGCAGGCCGCCAUGCUUGUCGUGGCAUGGUACGUGCGUGACCGGAUCCAGCGACGCCGCAAGAGGGAGAAGAGGAAGUUCCGGAAGGGCCUCUCAGAGCGCUCAGCUGCCACGGCGCCCACCCCGGCUGGGGUGGGCAAGAAGAAGCGGGUCGAGGCCACGGUCGACAAGUGGAUCGGCCACGUGCCCAAGGACGUCCUGCCCUCGCCUAACACUGCUGCCUUAGACAAACCAAUCGACACGGACGAGCUCCGCUUCUCGAUAGACGCUGAGCCCAGUCCUACUGACGCCGACGACAAGCUAUUUGCCGUUGCGGACGGAAUGAUCAAGAGUCAAUUAUCGAGGAUCGAAGUACCCCUUUUGGGCGCCCUUGACUUCGCGGCGGACCAGGACGACAGCGAUAGUGGGAGCGACUUUGAGGAGGUGAUGCGGUGGAGGCCAGUCGAUGAGGAUGCCGGGGAUUUGGGAUGUGCUGCAGAGCAGGACGAUGACGACGAGGAUGACUGUUCGUACGAAUAUUAUGAUGACGAUGAAGACGAUAUGGAGGAUCUCACCGGCGAGGUUGUCUCAAAGUAA